CUUUCCUUAAGUGUUAUGACCCGGAAACUAUGGACUUUCUCAAAUGGCUCUUUCGUAUAUUCAGCAAACAGUAGCACCAGCUAACCCACUUGGUCUUCCAUACGAAGAGGUUAUAAACUAUUUGGAAAUGUUGUACGCAUAUUAUCAAAGAGAUUGGGCAGCAAACUAUCGUUUUGUGUAUCGAGAACAGUUUAUCGGUGAAAGUGUUGUAAACUACAUGCGUACUUUAAAGAGAAUUUUAAAUAACGCCAGUCCUUGUCUUAUAAGUGAUGAAAUUCUAAUGAUGCGAUUUAUAGAAGGAUUAAAAGACGAUAAGACAAGAGAAAUAUUGCUUAGUUGGAAAAAUUUAACGCUUGAAAAAGCAAUAAAUAUCGCUGAGCUAAUAGAAUUGGAUCCACCUCCGAGUAAAACAAAUUAAGUACUCAAGAAAGAGAACUCAAUUGGACAAUGUAUUAGCAGAAAGAUGAACAUAAUACAAUA